GGAGCUGGAGCUCGGCAAAGCUUAGGAACCUGCCCCCUGGACGCACUGACCCCUGCGCGCUCCGCCCCGGAAACGCGUUCCAAGAGAGUUUGGCGCGCUUUUGAAGCCUUGUCUUCUAUUUGGUGGUGUCCUUACUGGUUCUUGACUGCUCCUGCAACUCGUUUCUGAGGCGACCCGGCGCAGCGAUGAGUAGGACGCGAGAGGAGGUGGACGCCACGCUGCAGAUCGCCAAGCUGAACGCGGCCGAGCUCCUGCCGGCCGUGCACUGCCUGAGCUUCGGCCCCGGGGCCAGCGGCGCCGCGGGAGACUUGUGUUUGCUGGAGCUGGAGCCCACUUUAAGCCAGCAGCUGGAGGCAGGACAGAGUCUUGUGAUUCGUGGCGAUAAAGAAGAGCAGGCUGUGCUAUGCAGUAAAGACAAAACAUAUGACUUAAAAAUAGCAGACACUUCGAACAUGUUGCUUUUUAUUCCUGGUUGUAAAACUCCAGACCAGCUGAAGAUGGAAGAAGCAGGCUGUAAUAUUAUUCACACUGAGAUAUUUGGUUUUUCUAAUAAUUAUUGGGAAUUAAGAAGAUGUAGACCUAAAUUAAAGAAACUAAGGAAAUUUUUGAUGCAAAAUACUUAUGAAGGACCUGACAAUCAAAAAGAAAAGGAUUCAAAUCGCUCAAAGUACACAACUGAAGAUUUGCUUGAUCAAAUUCAGGCAAGUGAAGAAGAAAUAAUGACUCAGUUACAAACUCUAAAUGCCUGUGAGAUUGGAGGCUAUUGGAGGAUUCUUGAAUUUGACUAUGAGAUGAAACUUCUAAAUCAUAUAACUCAGCUUGUGGAUUCUGAAUCUUGGUCUUUUAGUAAAGUUCCUUUGAAUAUAUGUCUUCAGGAACUUGGACCAUUGGAGCCAGAGGAAAUGAUUGAGCACUGCCUUAAAUGUUAUGGAAAGAAGUAUGUAGAAGAAGGGGAAGUUCAUUUUGAAUUGAAUGCUGAUAAAAUAUGUAGAGCAACAGCACAGAUGUUACUUCAAAAUGCAGUGAAAUUCAAUCUUGCCGAGUUCCAAGAAGUGUGGCAACAAAGUGUUCCUGAAGGAAUGAUAACUAAGCUUGAGCAGCUUAAGGGUUUAGCCUUGGUGGAUAGACACUCAAGACCAGAAAUCAUAUUUUUGCUAAGAGUAGAUGAUUUGCCUGAGGAUAAUCAAGAGCGUUUUAAUAGUCUGUUCUCUUUAAGGGAGAAAUGGACAGAAGAAGAUAUUGCUCCAUAUAUUCAAGAUUUGUGUGGAGAGAAGCAAACCAUAGGCACAUUACUCACUAAAUAUGCACGAUCUUCAAUGCAAAAUGGUAUUAAAGUUUAUAAUUCAAGAAGACCCAUUUCUUAAAAGAACAGUAGUUUCUUCUUUGGGACUAACGUUGAUUUAUGAAUUUGCUGGCUGUCUGAAAAAGACUCUUAUAUGUAUUUGUAAUAUAGACUUUUUAUUAACCUAGUGCUUUGAAGCAUUUGCUUCCCCUGAUUAAGCAUUUUGAAGC